AUGGGAAAACUAAAGUCUUCACCAAACCUAUUAAAGAAAAGAUGGAGCCUAACAAACCAAUUGGCAAUUACAUGUAAGAGGUCAAUAUCUGAGACUCUAGCCACCAUUUUUAAUUCAGUGAAGCUAUCCAAGCACACUCAAGAAAGAUUAGACAUUUCCAGCUCCCAAGAGGUUGUCACAUUGUACAUCUUGGUCAUGCGUCUCAAGUCUUAUUUGUCAAUAUCCUCUAUGGCUAUCCAUUAUUUAGGGCUACUUAGUCUUUUGUAUUUAAAGACAAUACAAAGAAUUUCAGACAACUUGGUCGAAGUUUUUUCUAAUUUCAAUGCGGGGUUUUGUCUUUGCGUCUUGAAUGACAUCACUGUUGGCUCUGUCAGAACUGGAAAAGAGAUACAAGGGAAGCCUGAAUGGAAGGUGGCAGUUACCAACAACUGCAAAAGCACUCAACACGAACUAAAGCUUGCUUGCCAGGGAUUCCAGUCUGUUGAAACUGAGGAUCCAACAUCCUCCAGAAGCAAGGUGACAAUUGCCUCGUCAUCAAAGGCAAUGCUUUGAAAGGUUUCACUUCAAUCAGUUUCGCCUAUGCUUGGGAUCCUCCUUUUCUGUUGUAGCCGUCUGGGUCCAUUAUUGAGGCCUGUUAGAAACAUUUCCUCCUAGUUUGUAGUGAGAAAACAAUGCCUGAACUUUGGAUGCACAAAGGCUUUUUCUUUUGUUCUUUAUUUCGAGUUUGUUACAAGUUUUACAGAAUCCUUGAAAAUGAGUGCCUUAACUUUGGAUGCAUAAGCAACUUUACUAACAAAAUAAGAAAUGAACAGAAGAAAAAGGUUAGGAAAUUACAAUAAUAAUAGUCACCGACUGCCGACCGGCAAACAUAUUAAAAUCCAUUCCCACUCAC